AUGGCGUGUCGCGGCGCCUGCUGCUGCUCCAGCGCGGGUCGCCUCAACGCGGACAACGCGCGGUUCCUCCUGCUGGCGGUGCUGAUCGUGCUGUACAUGCUGUGCGGCGCCGCCGUCUUCUCGGCCAUCGAGCUGCCCACGGAGCGGGAGGCUAAGGAGCGCUGGGAGGAACGCCUGGAGAACUUCACCCGGCGCCACAACCUCAGCCGUGCCGAGCUCCGGCACUUCCUCCGGGAAUACGAGGAGGCGAGCGUGGCCGGCAUCCGCGUCGAUGACAUCCGGCCCCGAUGGGAUUUCACCGGCGCUUUCUACUUCGUGGGCACCGUCGUUUCUACUAUCGGAUUUGGUAUGACCACCCCAGCCACCGUUGGAGGCAAAAUUUUUCUGAUAUUUUACGGCCUUAUAGGAUGUGCAGGGACCAUUUUGUUCUUUAACCUGUUCCUGGAGCGUUUGAUCACUGUCAUAGCUUACGUCAUGAAGUCCUGCCACGAAAGACAGCUGAGGAGGAAAGGGGUUCUCCCUCACAACGGCCGGCGGGGCUCGGGGACCUCUGAGGUGGACAGCCUGGCGGGCUGGAAGCCCUCUGUGUACUAUGUUAUGCUGAUUUUAUGUGUAGCAUCCCUCAUCAUUUCCUGCUGUGCCUCUGCAAUGUACACACCAAUUGAAGGGUGGAGUUACUUUGACUCACUUUACUUCUGCUUUGUGGCCUUCAGCACCAUUGGUUUUGGUGAUCUGGUCAGUAGCCAGAACAUCAGGUACGAGAGCCAAGGCCUUUACCGCUUUGGCAACUUUAUCUUCAUACUCAUGGGGGUGUGCUGCAUCUACUCCUUGUUUAAUGUGAUCUCUAUUGUCAUCAAGCAGUCCAUAAACUGGAUAUUAAAGAAGAUGGCCUGCAAGUGCUGCCACAGAUGCCAAAGAAGAUUAUUUCGUUCACGGAGGAAUGUGGUAAUGCCAGGAAAUGUGCGCAGCCGGAGAAACAUCUCCAUCGAGACUGACAUUGUCAAUGAGAGUGACACAGAUGGACGCCGUCUGUCAGGAGAGAUGAUCUCCAUGAAAGACUUCCUGGCCUCCAAUAAAGUGUCACUGGCCAUCAUGCAGAAACAGCUGUCAGAAACUGCUAAUGGGUAUCCACGGCAAAUGAGCUCUAAUUCGAAGCAAAAUGGAUUCUCUGGUGGGGUUGGAGCCCUAGCAAUUAUGAAUAACAGACUGGCAGAGACAAGUGUGCAUAGGUAAAAUAGUAACAGCAAUAACAGCGAAACAGUGUGAACCAUUUCAACAGGUACUGAAAAAACGUGAAUCUAGUGAAAUAGCCAAGGAGAGAGUACCACCAGAGGGUGGGAUGAUGUGAAGAGCCUCAGGAUGCUUCCUGAUAGAAGACCUCUUUAGGUUUUUGGGGGCUGUCGCUUAAUGUUUUUGCAUUGUACCAGUCCUGGCCUUUCUUCUCCAUCAUUCUGCUCCUCAAGGAGGUUACUGCAGGGAGAUUUUAAUUUAGCCUUCGGGUAAAAUUUCUAUGUCCCGUUUUUCUCCAUUAUGUGACACACAGAUUUCAAGAUAAGAAAUCUGUGGGAUGGGAAGAAACCAAGUAUGUCUACUGAACACAUUUUUAAUUCAGAAAUUGUUUGGAGCUUUCUGUCUUACUUUCAUCAUGCCUGUUUCCUGGAAGUGACUUAUCUGAGACAAAAAGGUGAAUCAGCCUUUGUGAUAUUGCAGAUCUAAUUUAAUGGAAAAUAGUAUGAAAGUUGGUAGGUAUAUUCUGGAGCUAUUGUAAUGUGAACAGAGAUAGAAUUUUUUCUUUAGAAUUUAUUUAGUCUUUCC